AUGAUCAAGUUUAUCGUACAACUUCUUUUCUUCUACAUUGUGCUAGCUACACUAGCUACAGCCAGACCUUACCAUGAUGGUCUGACAAGUGGCACAAUCUUGAGUAAUGGAGGUGGUAACCUUGAUAAUAACUAUCUUUUCGCUGUGCCAGCUGGAGGAAGUGCAGCUUAUUCACCGUACUAUGCUACUGGAUUCUUUGGAUAA